AUUCUUCUCUACAGAAAAAAAAGUAAAAAUCUAAGAAAAUCAAAAUGAGAUUUAACUUCCUUUUGCUCCUUUUAACCACCCUUAUUGCUGUUGCUUUAAGCCAAAAUUGGAAACCCUGUCAAGUGAAUAUUAAAUUAAAAAGCACGAAUCUUUUUUGGACAUUAGAUACCAGACGUUUUGUUAUUUUACAACCAAAAAGUUCUAGCUCUCUUAAAUUGACAACUGUUCCUUUUCGCGUUCCUCUUGGCAGUGUAAAGGGUAGUUCCAUCGAUAGAUUUCAUGGCGAAUCCGUUCAAUCCCUUGGUCCUAACAAGGGACUCCUUCUUUUACGCACUAAUCUUGAACCUACCCAAUGUUGGCAUUUUCAUGGGGAUUUUAUUCAUCCCUGCAAUAAUCAUACCCAGGCUCUAACAGCAGAACGAACCAUAGGUACUAGUAUAAUUACAGUUAAACUAAAGCACAAAACUGGUAGUAACAGUCAGAAGUGGGUAGUUAGUAAAGCGAAGUAACAAACAUAUGUAUGUUAUAGUCUGAGAGUAAAUGUAUGUUGUAUAGUAUAU